UUCAAGGCCUCCGUGAAGACGGUGAAGACGCGCAACAAGGCGCUGGGCGUCCCUCCCGGAGGAGCCGAGCCGGCCGCCCUGUGGCCCAGGCGAGCCCCCGGGGGACGGGGAGGCUUCUCCGCCCGGGCCCGCGAGGUGGCUGCAGAUGGGGUGAUACCCCCAGAGCUUCAGAAAUUGCUCGGUAGUGUUUUCCGGACUGAUCAGCAUCAGGGACUUUGUAAUGAAGGUCUUCAGUCACGCCCCUUGAACCCGUGUGGCAAGCCCUGCAUUGUGACGAGAGGAGUCGGUGGGGGACAGGGCUGACCCACCUCAGCCCUCGCACAUCUGCCAAAGGUUAAUAACAUUGGGAAACUGAAAGACUUUCUUCUGCAGCACAGGAAAGAUUACAUUAAUGCUUAUAGCCAUCUCAUGUCUGAGUAUGUGCGAAUGUCCGACACUGACCGAGAUCAGAUUGACCAAGAUGCCCAAAUCUUCAUGAGAACGUGUGCGGAUGCAAUUCAGCAGCUCAGAGCAGAAGCACACAAGGACAUCCAUUCCCCACAAGUGAAGCAGCACCGAGAAACGGUUUUGGAUUUCAUUGCAGACUAUUUAAAAAGAGUGUGCAGGCUGUACUCGGAACAAAGAGCGAUACGGGUCAAGCGCGUGGUGGAUAAAAAGAGACUAUCCAGGCUGGAGCCGGAGCAAAGCCAUAAGUCAGCACCAGCUGCUUCUCCCGGGAAAGCGCCUGAGACGGAGGCGUCUUCUAAAGAACUGGGAGAGAAACCCACCAGUGAAGCCCACCGAGAGAGAAACCUAAUUGAUGAGCACUCUGAUUUUGGACUUGGUCAAGACAGCAGAGGAGAAGACGAGCUUUCCCCUGAAGAGAUCCAAAUGUUUGAGCAGGAAAACCAACGCCUUGUGGGUGAAAUGAACAGCCUGUUUGAUGAAGUGAGGCAGAUUGAAGGGAAAGUAGUUGAAAUAUCUAGACUUCAAGAAAUAUUUACAGAAAAAGUAUUACAACAGGAAGCUGAAAUUGACAACAUCCACCAGAUAGUUGUGGGUGCAACGGAGAACAUCAAGGAAGGCAACGAAGACAUAAGAGAGGCAAUCAAGAAUAACGCUGGAUUCCGAGUGUGGAUCCUCUUCUUCCUGGUCAUGUGCUCCUUCUCUCUGUUGUUUCUGGACUGCUGCGGGCUGGGCCCUCCCUUUUCGGACCAUUUCCUCGGCAAUAUUUCUUCACUCCAUCUCCCAAGGUGUUUCUCACAUACCGUUACGCUCAUAUUCCGUCUUUGUCUUCACCACCACCUUUUCAGUGAACACCAACAGAAGAGCCGUUACCAGCACAGCCGCCCCACCAGAGCUGCUCUUAACGCCUGCAACCGCCUGCUCCUUGGCGCACCGUUUGGACACGUGAGCCACAGAAUAAAGAAAUUGGACUGAGGAGCACAGGAUAACAGUCCUGGACUGAAUAUUUUAAUGAAUGACUUGAAGGGAGAUGCUUCCUAAAUCUGCAGAUGAACUUCUCAAUGCUAACUUCAGCAGCAGAACUAGAACCUUCCCAAGCUGAAAGAACCCCAGGAGAAAGAGUUGGACUCUGGGUCCUGAAUGCCUCUUGGAGCACCACAAUACCUCUUAGGAUCCUAAGAAAUGAAGAACUGAAAUGAGAUUAUCCUAUAGACACCGGCUAUUCCUGAUACACGGGUGUCAAUUUAAUUACUUAGUAGUUUAUGAUCUGAAAGGGAAGACAGAGUUACGUGAAAGCCUUUACAAGUUAUUUAACUCAUUUAAUUUUUUAGGAGACAAAGAGUAUGUAUCCAGAUUUAUUUUUGUAACUUCUACUAUUCCUAUCGUAUUGUUUAUCUGAUGAAGAAAUGGAGGUUGAGAGUCUUUAUCUGCAACAGAAACCUCCAGGCACCUACGGUACUAGCUGAGGAGUAAGCCACGGGUGGGCAGAGGCCACACCCAGAGAGGAACAAAAGCUUCUCCGCCAGGCACGAACAAAGAGCCGCCGCCGUCUUCCCUUACGUAGCCUACAGCCGCUCGUUCUCCGCGAUUUAUAUGAUCCACUUCAGCCCCCAAACGUCUUUCCUCUUUGCAGAUAUCCUUUGCAAGCCGAUUAAAAUAGCCCACCGCCAAUUCUGAAUCCCCCCCCCGCAGUAUUGAUUUUAAAUGUAUCGAUGUUAUUCUUUUGACGUGGUCGCUCGGCAAUUUACAUGGAAAUAACAGUAAAAUAACUAAAAAUACAAAUGUAAAAAUAUUCAA